AUGCACGCCUCUCUGCUCUUCGCCGUCCUCCCGCUCGCUCUCGCCGCACCAAGGGCUAUCACUGACGCUACAGGCCCGGCUCCCACCGACACUAGUCGGCAGGCAGUCUUCUACUCCGCCAUCAUGCGCCCAGCUGUGGCUGUGGAUCCAUCAGCAACACUUCAUGUUUCUGUAAAUCAUCAGGAGCAGCCUCGUACCUCCGGUCCUGCCUUAGCGGCUCAUGCUCCGUAUCCGACGGACCUGACGACGGCGUACAGCUUUUAUGAUGCGACGUGCGCCAACUCUAUAGGCGGUGGCAUGAUGAGCAGCGGUACUAUGGUCGCAUCUUCUACGUCCGCCUCGGCGUCGUCGUCGGCUGCUGCCUCUCCCGCUUCCUCAUCGGCUUCUAGCACAGCGGCCGCCUCGCCUUCCUCCGCUGCUGCUGCGGCUUCCUCCUCGUCGUCGGUGGCUGCCGCCUCGCCGAGUUCCUCCGCUGUUGCCCCAGCUGCCUCGUCGAGCGCAGCAGAGGUAUCUAUCCAGACUGCGCCCGCUACUCCAUCCUCAUCAGCUGCUGUCGCCCCAUCCCCAGCUGCUGCCGCAUCGACUACCGCUGACCGAGCCUGUUCUUCCGACUCCCCUGCACCUGCACCUGCUCCCGCCUCAUCUGCACCUGACGCCCGACCCGCUAUCGCUACCGUCACCCUUACCUCCGAUACUCCCGCUCCUAGCAGCUCCGGUACACCCCCCGUGGUCAUCACUGUCGUUCCUACCACCUCCACCAUCCGGCCGUCUUCGACCAACAGCGGCGCUUCCGCGGCGGCUGCGGCGAGCUCGAGUCGGUCUGCUGGUCUUGCGAGUGCCGGUCCGGCGGGUAAGGGAUGGACGGUCGUUUUGGCGCUCGUGGGCGCGGUGGGAUUGGCGAUCUAG